GAAGAACCCUAAUACUGUACGUAGGUAUAAAUUAUAGUACUGUUUUUUCAUCUCUCUCAACCAGUGUAGGCUUUGAAGCUCGCAACAGAGGAGGAGACUCAAGAGAGGCUCAGCUCAGCAGAGUUACUUGCCUCUUGAUCUUUACGUUUAUAAAAUGGCUAGAGGGUUGAAGAAACACUUGAAGAGGCUCAAUGCUCCUAAACAUUGGAUGCUUGACAAACUUGGUGGUGCAUUUGCACCCAAACCCUCAUCUGGACCCCACAAAUCAAGGGAAUGCUUGCCUCUGAUUCUCAUUCUGCGAAACAGGCUGAAGUAUGCUUUGACGUACCGUGAAGUGAUUGCUAUUUUGAUGCAGAGACAUGUUCUGGUUGAUGGGAAGGUUAGGACAGAUAAAACUUACCCAUCUGGUUUCAUGGAUGUCGUGUCAAUCCCAAAGACAAAUGAGAGCUUCCGUCUGCUCUAUGACACCAAAGGUCGCUUCCGGCUUCACUCCCUUAGAGAUGACGAGGCCAAGUUUAAGCUUUGCAAAGUUCGGUCUAUUCAGUUUGGGCAGAAAGGGAUCCCUUACCUGAACACCUAUGAUGGACACACCAUCCGCUACCCAGAUCCCCUCAUCAAGGCCAAUGACACCAUCAAGCUGGACCUAGAGAGCAACAAAAUAGUUGACUUCAUCAAGUUUGAUGUGGGAAAUGUUGUCAUGGUCACUGGAGGAAGGAACAGAGGCCGAGUUGGAGUAAUUAAGAACAGGGAGAAGCAUAAGGGAAGCUUUGAGACGAUCCACGUCCAAGAUGCCACUGGCCAUGAGUUCGCCACUCGUCUGGGCAAUGUGUUCACCAUUGGAAAGGGCUCCAAGCCAUGGAUUUCUCUUCCCAAGGGCAAGGGUAUUAAAUUGUCUAUCAUUGAGGAGGCUAGAAAGAGGCAGGCAGCAUCCCAAACUGCUGCAUGAAGCUCAUGAUUUUUCCUUGAAUACUGGGUUUAGUUUUUACUUUUGCUAAUGCUAUAAUGGAUGUUUGUUUGUGUAAUUUAGUGCACAAUUUUGAACAUGGUUUUUACAUUUUAAUUUUAACUCUUGCAAUAUGCAUUGACAAAGUAGGCACGAGAUUUUUCGGUAGCCUAUUUCAGAACUCAUUCCGAGGAAUCUUUUUUGCCUGUUUGGUCAAGAAAAAAUUCUAUUAAUUUUGUUACGCUCCAUCAACUAUACCUUGGAAUUUUCUGAA